CGAGAAAAGGACAGACACGUUUAUUCAACUGAAGAGAUUUGAUUGACAUUCUUAUCAGUUUAAUGUCUCUUUAGAGUAAACAUUUUUAUCAGCAAUGCUAUAAAACGUUUGGGGAGAGGCCGAGCUAGACCAGUCCUUGAAAUAAGCAGUUGUAAUCUGACGCAGCUGCAUGAAGUUGCGAUAAAAAGCGAUCAUAAACGUUUUUCUAAACCACUCGUAAAUGGAGGCUAUCUUGGGUCGUAAACCUGAAGACUUGGAGGAUUACUAUGGGUUGUUAGGUUGUGAUGAACUGUCAUCGACUGAGCAAAUUGUGAAUGAAUACAAGAUCAGAGCCUUAGCAUGUCACCCAGAUAAACACCAGGACAACCCAACUGCAGUGGUUGAUUUCCAAAAGCUGCAAGAAGCCAAAGAGGUUCUGUGCGACGAAGCCAAACGGAGAAACUACGACCUGUGGAAAAGGAGUGGGAUUAGUAUUCCCUUCCAGGAAUGGCGGGCCCUGAAUGAUUCGGUAAAAACGUCGAUGCAUUGGGCUGUGAGAACCAAGAAAGAACCGAUGCUGGAGUCCUGCCAACCGGAAGAUCCGGCUGCUUCACAGACCGACGAAACAUUGGAGAAUCCUUCAAACGAAGCAGCGUUAUGUGAUUUCUAUCAUCAGCGUUUCCGUUGGGCCUCCGACUCCCCAUCAUGUCUGCUGCAGAAGUUCAGAAAUUAUGAAAUAUAAAUGAAUUGGCAUUAAAAGCUAGCUCUGGUUACUCUCUUCAAGUAUUUGCUUCCUGCUGUUUUCAGGUGUUCAGCUGCUGAACACCGACCUUCUUAAGAAUAUGUAGUUUGUGUCUAUGGUAUUAAAAAUGUGUGGAUGUGAAUGUUUCUGUUCCAGAUGAAUAAAUAUGACAUGUUCCAUAUUUUAUGUGAUAAAAUCUAAAUGUAAAUUAUUUUUUUAUGUUUUGUGUAACUUUUGAUGUUAAUGCUGUGAAUGUAAUACAUUUGGUAGCUAAUGUUAUUUGUCUCGUCUUUUAAACUAACCAGAGGAAUUUCAGCUUUUUGUGCCACUGACUCCUGUUCAAAAUGGUUCUGUUUUUCAAAUAAACUACAGUUUCAAUGUGA